CCCAACCGUAGCGAUGGCCUUUUCCAUUUUACAGAUCAAAAGCGAUAAUGUUUGUUUAAAUGUUGCUAACGCCUGAUCGCAACAUUAGUGAGUGUUUUGUGUUUGUCGAUUGAUCUAUAAACAAUUGCAAACUGUUAAAAUGAGGAUAUUAAGUACCGCAGCCCCAAUCGCGCUAAUCGAUCCGUCCGAGUUGCUCCGACCGGAGCCGUCGUUCGCAGACAAGUCCCUAUCAAAAUUUCGAGAUUAUUCUAUUAAUGAAGAUGAUCCGAUUAAGGAGAGGGUGCGAAAAACGUACGAGGAGAUGCACACCUUUCAAACCGUUGAAUUUGUGAAAAAUCAACACAAAAAAUGGCGGCGCUUCGACCACUUCAAAGCGCCGAUACGAGACGCCUUGGAAAAAUUAAACGAUCUCGUCGACGAAAGCGACCCCGACGUCGACGUACCGAACAUUGUUCACGCAUUUCAAACGGCGGAACGUAUAAGGGAGGAUUAUCCCGAUAUGGAUUGGUUUCAUCUUACCGGCCUUAUUCACGACUUGGGAAAGGUGAUGGCUUUCUAUGACGAACCCCAGUGGGCCGUUGUAGGUGACACCUUCGUCGUCGGUUGCGAGUGGAGCGAAGACAUCGUGUACCGUGACCACUCGUUUGCCAAAAACGUAGACGGGAGUAAUCCAAAGUACAACACCAAAUAUGGCAUAUACGAGGCCAACUGCGGUAUCGACAACGCGCUCAUGUCCUGGGGACACGACGAGUACCUGUACUGGGUGUUGAAGCACAACAACGCCGCUCUACCCCAAGAGGCACUGGCCAUGAUACGCUACCACAGCUUCUACCCGUGGCAUAGCAGUAACAAUUACUCGCACCUGGAAAACCAGCACGACAGGGACAUGAAGAAAUGGGUACAGCUGUUCAACACCUACGACUUAUACACGAAGAGUUCCAAGGUACCCGACAUCGAGAAAUUGUGGCCUUACUACGAAAGCCUGAUCGAAAAAUAUAUUCCGGGUAUUGUAGAAUGGUAGAGGCGCCAGAUCGGAUUGUAGGUUAAGAGUAGCAAUAGGAUCUUAUAAGUUGUUGAAGAUGUUCUUUUGUUUGUUUAAUAAAAUUGAUAAAUAAGGCACG